AUGAGUGGCGCCGACCCGCACCGGUCGUUCCUGAUCAGAGACAUCCUGGGGCGGAGAGAUGAGGCGAAGGAGGAGCAGGAGGAAGAGGACGCCAUGGCCGCCGCCUCCGCUGAGGAUGGCGCAAACGAGGAUUUCGGUACACGUCGGACGGCGUUCAGCCACGGUCAGCUGGCCUUCCUCGAGAGGCGGUUCCGCGUACAAAAGUACCUCUCCGUGGCGGACCGAGCCGAGGUGGCCGACACACUCACACUCACCGAGACACAGGUCAAAACCUGGUACCAGAACAGACGAACAAAAUGGAAGCGGCAGAACCAGCUGCGUCUGGAGCAGUUACGUCAUCAUCCCAGUAUGACGUCACAGGGCGACAAGCCGGCCGGCAGCUACCACAGCCUGCUGCUGGACAUCCAGUCGGCGGCAGCGGCAGCUGCGGCAGCUGCAGCUGCCCAGGGCGGCUGUCUGCUGCCGACCUCGGCAGCGCCCGCCGUCUUCCCCGCCCUGCAGUUUCUACCGACCAGCUCUGGACACGUGCAGUAG